AUGUAUAUAUCUGUACGCAAAAUGGGUCCAGAGUCCAGACCGGCGCGGCUCCUCCUCGACUCGGACAUGAUGCUGGCCGGCUCGCCGUUGAACGCAAACCGGACGGUCGGCGGCUACGACCGGGACGCCAAUUUCGACAGCAACAUGGUCAUCAUAUUAGCCGCUCUCUUAUGCGCAAUGGUCUGCGCUCUCGCCCUCAACUCCAUCGUCCGCUGCGCCCUCCGCUGCCGCCGGACAUACGCCUACGACGACCACCGCCCUCCCCGUCCCCCGCCGACUAUCAAGAAGGCGGCGCCGCCGCCGCCGAUUCCGUACAAGUCCGGAGCGGAUGAUAUUCCGGCGACAGAGUGUCCUAUAUGCCUCGGAGAAUUCGUCGACGGCGAGAAUGUCCGGAUCUUCCCCGGCUGCGGCCAUGGCUUCCACGCCCCCUGCAUCGACAAAUGGUUGGUUCUGCACUCGUCGUGUCCCAAUUGCAGACAACCUUUGAACACACACGACGAUGUUAGAGUCCAAAUCGAUUAAUGUGCAGCAAAUGGUUUGAGGUUUCCCAUCUCAAAGAUUAGCUCCUUCAUCACCGGCCGGCGUCCGACACCGGCUCUGGAGCGACGGGUUCUUCAAGAACGUCACCAUCGUGGGGACGGAGAUUUAAGUCGAUCCGUCCCUUAAAGGGUUCCGGCUUGACUUGAUUGUUUCCAGUUUCGGAAUGGUGUUCAUCGAGGUUUGGUUGGUUUCCCGGUUGCGCCGUGCUCUCCUUCUCGGGUACUAAUCCGGGGUUGUGUUCUGGCUGUCGUCUACUCUUCUGCUUGGACACCAUUUUUAUGAUCGUCAAAUCUUGCUUUCCCUUCCUGCUCCGGGGUUGAAUGCACACAAUGCACGUGCAGCCUGGACGGUGUCGGGGAUGCCUCGCCGUCUCUCCAACGGGGAGCUCAUCUCCUAGAGCUGCCGCACUUGCCAACGCAUCUAAACCCAAUGCCGGCUCCGGAUACUCCUCAAUAGAUGCCUUGUUGUCUGAAAACUUUAUGUUUUUUAACUCUGCAAAGCAAAGUAAAAUGAGGGGAGGUGUUGAGGACAUUAUGGAACAAUAGGACCUCAGAUUCAUACCGUUGCUUAAGCUAAAGCAUUCUGGAUCUGUUUGAUUAAUACUUUCCGGGGCAGAAGCCGAACAUCUGGAAAACAAAUUGUUGUUGCUUAUGUUAGUUACUUAUUCUCAGAUAA